GCGAGGCAGGGUGGAAGGAGACACCUGAAGGCAGAACUGUUUGAACAAAUCUUGUCAACUGCUAAUUGUUCGUUUGCUGCCAUUUCUUAAAUCAUAAAUCAACUUCCUCUGGAGGGUUGAAGGAGCGGAAGCAUGCGUCUUUUACCAAGGAGGCGUAUGUCCCCUGUGAAGUGGGCUCUCAUCGGGGCGGCUAUCUUCAUGGGGGUCUUGGUGCUUCUCCAGAUGGAGGUUGUCCGCCCAACCGCCGGCGACCCUUGGUUCCAGGACCUGGUGCAGAAGAAGGAUAUGAUGAUGGUGAAGGUCCGUGAUACGGUCUUAAACAUCGGGAGCAUCCAGAUCGGUGUUCUGCCGCCUCCGCCUCCUCCCCCAGAACAGGUGGAGGACUCCAUCACCCAGGAGACGGCUUGCCUGCCUGGCUUCUACAGCCAGGGAGAGCUCAAGCCUUACUUGGAGAGACCGCCGCAGGACCCCAAAGCCCCCGGAGCUGAUGGGAAGGGAUUUGAAAAGGCCAAUCUGUCCCCAGAAGAGAAGAAGGAGAAGCAGGCGGGCGACACUAAGCACUGCUUCAAUCAGUUUGCCAGCGACCGCAUCUCUCUCAGCCGCAGUCUUGGCGACGACACGCGGCCUCCAGAGUGUGUAAAGCAGAGGUUCCCCCGCUGUCCUCCCCUGCCCACCACCAGCGUUAUAAUAGUCUUCCACAACGAGGCCUGGUCCACCCUCCUCAGGACGGUGUACAGCGUCCUGCACACGUCUCCUGCCUUCCUGCUCAAAGAGAUCAUUUUGGUGGAUGAUGCCAGCACUGACGAGUACCUGCAGAGCCAACUGGUGGAGUUUGUUCGCAAGCUGAAGAUUGUCAGCGUGUUGAGGCAGCAGGAGAGGAAGGGUCUCGUCCCGGCCAGGCUGCUCGGCGCCAGUGUUGCCCAGGGCGAAGUGCUCACCUUCCUUGAUGCCCACUGCGAAUGUUUCCACGGUUGGUUAGAACCACUGCUCAGACGCAUCGUCGAAGUGCCAAAUGUUGUGGUCAGUCCACAUAUCGCCACCCUUGACCACAACAACUUUGCGUUCUCAAAGCCCAAAGCCACUGACCGAGCCCACAACCGGGGAAACUUCGACUGGGGCUUGAGUUUUCGCUGGGAGGCGAUCCCCUCAAAAGCCAGUGCUCUGCGCAAGGAUGAAACCUACCCUGUCAAAACGCCCACUUUUGCUGGAGGUCUCUUUUCCAUCUCAAAGAGCUACUUUGAACACAUUGGAACAUAUGACGAUCAAAUGGAGAUUUGGGGUGGCGAGAAUCUGGAAAUGUCCUUUCGGGUGUGGCAGUGUGGCGGUCAGAUGGAGAUCAUUCCUUGCUCUGUGGUGGGCCACGUCUUCCGCACCAAGAGCCCGCACACCUUCCCCAAGGGCAUAGAGAUCACUCGCAACCAAGUGCGCCUGGCUGAAGUGUGGCUCGAUAACUACAAGCAGAUCUUCUAUCGCCGUAACAACAAAGCUGCUAAAAUGGCCAGAGAGCACACCUAUGGGGACAUCUCUGAUCGUCUAAAACUGAAGGAGAACUUACAGUGCAAGAACUUCACUUGGUACCUAAACAAUGUCUACCCAGAAGCUUUCAUUCCAGACCAAAACGCAUUAAAAUACGGAGCAAUUAGGAACGCGGGAUCUAAAACUUGCCUGGAUACUGGUGAUUCAAAACCAGCGGGGAAAUCUCCUAUCAUGUACAAAUGCCACAACAUGGGAGGCAACCAGUACUUUGAGUACACUUCCCAUAGUGAACUGCAUCAUAAUGUCGGCGAGGAACUGUGUCUUCAUGCAGUGCCUAAUACCGCCCAGGUGAAGUUUGAGAACUGCAAGCUGCGUGGGAAGGGCACAAUUGUCUCCCCACAACAGAAGUGGAUCUUCACAGAGGAGAACCUUCUGAAGAAUCCAAGCAGUGGGAAAUGUUUACAGCUGAACGGAAAUGUUAUUCAGAUGGACACAUGUAAUGCCUCUGACCUCUACCAGCACUGGAGCUUCGGAUGACAUGCCCUGCUGCUAAACCACCUGUCAACCUGUAGUCCUCCUGGUCCUAGAGACCAGAUCAGUGCAGGUUCCGUAAGACUCUGAGCGGCGCAGGGAGCUUGUGGUUGCAAUUAGUAGCCUGUUAGCGUUGAAGGAAAGGAAAUCCAGGUUGAUGAAUGUGGAGGUACUGUAUGGGAUGUUUCUUAAAUUAUUUUUAUACUGUGUUGGACCUCCUGCGUUGUGGCUGCUGUGAUGGUGCUGAUGAUGAGGACAAUAAACUGAUAAGACAAAUAAUAAUAAUAAUAAUGUACCUUUGGGAAAAUACACUCAUUAUUACUGGUUAAAUGUUUAGAACAUCUAGAAACAUUAGUCACAUAUUUGUACAGUGGAACUAGAACUACUGUUAGAGACUUAAUGUUUUUAUGAGAUCGACAGUACAGUAACACCUCAACUUACGCGCUUAAUGGAGCUCUUGACUCAAAACACUUGUAUCUCAAAUCAAUGUCUCCGAUUGAAGUGAAUUCAAAUCAAAGUAUUUGGUGCUUUCUGGCCAUUUCAGCACAAUUGUAACACGUAACAUGUCUUUUAAAAAAACAUCUAAACUUUUAGAUAAUAAAUAUUGCAUGAGAACAAUACAAUAAAAUGCAAUACUAACAA